AUGAGUGAUGACGAGAUAGCUUUGUUCAUGGCAGCAGCCACUGCUAGCCAAUAUCUUAUUAACGAGAGGCAGAGAAAAAGGAAGAGGCAACGCAGAUUUUGGAUACACCCCGUCAUUGCUGAUCGGGAAGAAAGAGGGCAAUUUUGGGUGAUGUACCAAGACCUCCGUGACCAUGAAGACAAAUUUCUGGACUACACCAGAAUGUCCAUAAAAAGCUUUGAUGAGUUGCUGGAAUUGCUGAUCAACAGAUUGCAGAGGAUGGACACCUACUUCCGCAACUGUAUCCCCCCUGUGGAGCGACUUAUCAUAACACUGAGGUAUCUAUCAACUGGACAAUUGAUUGCAAGUCUGCAUUACUCGUUUUGUAUUGGAAGAUCUACUGCCAGUUAUAUAAUUUGUGACACCUGCAGUGCCAUUUGGGAAGUCCUGAAACCCAUUGUGUUUAAAAAACCGGCAGCAGAGGACUGGGAAAAAAUUUCGGAAGUAUUCUGGCAACGCUGUAACUUCCCGAAUUGUCUAGGAGCGAUCGAUGGGAAACACAUCAGGAUUGUGAAGCCCAUGGCUAGUGGAAGCCAGUAUUUCAAUUAUAAGAAAUACUUUUCAUUUGUCUUAAUGGCUGUGGCUGAUGCCAAUUAUUGUUUUACCUAUAUUGACAUUGGUUCCUAUGGAAGUAGUGCAGACUCUGCGAUUUUUGGGAACUCGUCUUUUGGGCAAUUGCUUCGAACGGAUGGUCUGGACCUUCCGCAAAAUAGUCCACUCCCGGGCACAAACGGCCCUCCCCUACCAAGUGUCUUUGUGGGUGAUGAGGCUUUUGCUCUGAACACACACCUACUUCGGCCUUAUUCAGGACAUAAUCUGAAUGAAGAGAAACGCAUAUUCAACUACCGGCUAAGCAGAGCACGACGCGUAGUUGAGUGUGCUUUUGGAAUUUUGGCGAACAAGUGGAGGGUUCUCCACACACCGAUUGUACUCAACAUGCAAAAUGCCAUUAGUGCUGUUGAAGCGGCGUGUGCCUUGCACAAUUUUGUCAGGCAGCGCGAUGGUCUAGAUUACGAGGAGCCAGUCCAUGAGACUCUGGAAAGAGCUCAUUGGACUGGUGUACGUGGGAACACACAGGGGACACAUGUCCGUGAACAGUAUGCGGCAUACUUUGUCUCUCCUGAAGGACAGGUCCCAUGGCAGCUCAAUUCCAUUUAAUUUAUUGAACUUUUCAGCUUUUGACACGCUUAUUUUGUGAAAUAUAAUCUUUACUAUGCUGUUUU